CAGGCUUUGUUGCUUUGCUCCUAACUUUUGUUUUCUCCUUCUUUCUCUGUAACCCUUCAAAUUUGAAAUUCAUUAUCUUUCGGAAUUUUUCUUUCCCUUUCUAUUUCUAGUUUAUUUUUGGGGAAAAAAAAGGAAGGAAAAAAAUCUCUGUCUGAGAGUAGUGGUUAGGGUUGUUCUUUGGAAUUUUGUACUGUUGGGAUUUGAAUGAGGAGAACAUAUAUACUUUUGGGAAACCGAAAUUGAAGAAUCGGCUGACUUCAUGGCCACCACGGAGUUGCAGAUGAGUCCUCAGUUGGAGCAGAUCCAUGGCGAAAUCCGCGAUCUUUUCCGUGCUCUGUCAAAUGGGUUUCAAAGGCUCGAUAAGAUGAAAGAUUCAAAUAGGCAAAGCAAACAGCUGGAAGAGCUUACUGGCAAGAUGAGGGAAUGUAAAAGAUUAAUCAAGGAGUUUGAUCGUGAAAUUAAAGAUGAUGAAAGGAAAAAUCCUGCUGAAGUGAACAAGCAACUCAAUGAUGAGAAGCAGUCAAUGAUAAAAGAACUGAAUUCGUAUGUAGCAUUGAGGAAAACAUACAUGAAUACCCUUGGUAACAAGAAAAUUGAACUCUUUGAUAUGGGAGCUGGAGUCAGUGAACCUACAGCCGAUGAAAAUGUUAAAGUGGCGUCAUCAAUGUCAAACCAAGAGCUUGUUGAUCAUGGGAUGAAGACAAUGGAUGAGACUGAUCAGGCCAUUGAACGCACAAAAAAGGUUGUUGAACAAACAAUUGAAGUGGGAACACAAACUGCCACUACUCUAAAAGGCCAAACUGAUCAAAUGGGCCGUAUUGUAAAUGAGCUGGAUACUAUCCAGUUUUCUAUUAAGAAGGCAUCACAGCUGGUAAAGGAGAUCGGUAGGCAGGUGGCCACUGAUAAAUGCAUCAUGCUAUUUCUUUUUCUUAUCGUAUGUGGUGUUAUAGCCAUCAUAGUUGUGAAGAUUGUGAAUCCGAACAACAAGGAUAUCAGAGACAUUCCAGGAUUGGCGCCUCCAGCACCUUCAAGGAGAUUGUUAUACCUAAGGGACCCGCAGUAAAAGGUGAUCAUUUCCGAUAAGUGAGUGGUUGGUUCUGCUUAUGCUUUGAAUACAUUAGAGUGGGGAGUAUCGGAAAGUUUGUGUGAGGGGUCUAAUGUUUUUUUCACGUUUGUAUUUUAUAUAAUCGAUUCUUGGCUGAGAUGUGCAUAUCCGGUUGUUGGUGAUGUUUGUUGUCUUGUGUAAAUUUGGUGGGAGGGGCUGUUGAAUCAUUUGAAAGAUUUAACUUUGAAGAUUGCUUGUAGGGCCAGAAAUUAAGAAGCCAUCUCUGAAGUGAAUUCCACAUAAUUGUUCGUGUCUUUGGAAGAGAGAUAUUGUUCAAGUGUUGUAUCUUAACAUUUUUAAGUGACGUGACACGUUCAUCCGAUCCGCAUUCAA